ACUCCCCACACACAUCCAGAUUUCAUGACCACCUUUCGGGCCACAUGCUCAUCGACUACUCGGUUGCAGAGCUGGUUGGGACGAGCCAAGGGCUGGUUUCGUUCGCCACGCUCCUCACCAUGCUUGCGACGAACCAAUGGCGGCUCCAACACGACGCCCGCAAUCUCGUCCAGCUCAUGGUCUAUCUCGACUGCUUGGCGUUUGUGCCCUUCUAUCUGUCCCUCUACUACUCGACGCUCUCGCCCAGUGACUCGUACGGCUGCACGCUCGUUUGGCUCAACUGGAUGUCGGAUGUGCUGUGGAGCCUCAAGGACUGCUUCCGAACGGCCUUCAUUGCUCGGAAAAUCCUGGUCCUAACCACUAGGUGGAGUCUCCAGAUGCAGUGCACGGGCUAUCUGAUGUGCGGCGCGACCUCAUAUGCAAUCCAGCAGUACCUCAUCAGCACUAUUUACGAUCUCUCAAGCACAUGCACCCUUGCCGAUGCGAUUGUGCCGUCGAUGUAUACGCUGCAGGUCUACUGGCUGCUUGUUUGGUCCACGGCUGGAGUCGUCCUGCUGUUGAUCAUGACGGGUCGCAUCUACCCACAAGCAAAGGUGGAGGCGCCCACAGAAACCAUGGGGUUGUUCGUCGAAGGGACGAGUCCGUUUGGACAUGCCGAAAGCCACUCGGCCCUCACACCCGAGCACUCGACCGUUGAGACCAAGCGCGAGCAUAUGCAACUGUUUGGGGCCUGUGCCCUCAGUGUGCUCGUCUAUGCGCUGGUGUUUGCCGACUUGGCGACCCAGAGCGAUCUCGGUGGAUACGCAAGUAUACUCCUGGCGCUGGCCCAGAACAUCAUACUCCUCAGCGAGAUCCGGCAGCAGCCACCAGAAGCCUCGUCCGAGGCCAUGCAGGCUCCACCCAAGAUCAACAGCACGCCGGAGAUCCAGCCAUUCUGAAGGCAGCGGUGCCUGUGGCCCGGGUUGCCCGAUGCCAGGUGGGGCCACGUCCAUGUGCAUCCGUGGGUUUGCCGUGAGCCCAUGGACCCAAAGCGAAUACUACCGAGAUUGAAUCUGUGGACUCGCGGUGGGCUCGUGGUGGUGGACGUUGUUGGAGCUGGAGCCGUAGACAUGCCGGACAUGCUGGACACUCUGGAUCAUCUCGGCGGUGCUCGGCUGGCGUCGGUCGAUACCUCUGGGCUGGUGUGCCGAAGAGAGCGCAGCUCCUUGCCUGCUUUGUCUCGACAAGCCGCACCAACCCCCCGCUCUGUUGGCUUGUGGUUGUCCCUGAAACAUGCGCUGGUCUCGUUUGAGGUGGUCUCGUUUGAGGUGGUCUCGUU